AUGGCCAAACAGCAUCCACCCGCGGAAAUUUACAAGGCCAUUUUGAGUUUGGCUGGGCUUAAACUGCUUGGGCCGACCGGACUCACUCAACCAGGCAUCUUAACAAGAGCGCAAGCCUUUGCAUUCCUUGUUCCCACCAUCCAGCCACGGAUCAAUGGCGCCUUAUACGUCAACGCCGAGCUCAUCGCAUGCCAUGCCGCUCAUUGCAAUCACAUCUUCCCAGACUGGGAUGCGGUGAUUAGUAACUACCCGUUGCAAUUUACUCUUGCAGCAGCUUCUCUCAACGUUCUGCAGGAUGAAGUCCUGACCGGUAUAGCCUAUCUAAAGGUUUGA